GGAGAGCAGCGAGUGAGAGACAACAGGGAGGAGAGAGGUUGUGCGCGAUCCUCCCUCUCCGCACACGCUGCUGACAGAAGAAGGUAGUGUUCAUCAUGAGCUGCCCGUGAGAUUCAGCAGCAGGCAGCAGGCAGCAGGCAGUAGUGGGUUUUUUUUUUUAAAUGGAGGAUUCAUGUUUUCUUUCCCAUUUGGAUCGCAGUUUUAUCUGAGCCGUGACGGGGGACAGACAGUGAAGACAGCACGGAGAGGAGGGAGAGACGCACCUCGGCAGACUCAAGUGUGAGGAAGCUUUCAGUCCAGCGCACACUUUAGUACGUACAGGGAACGACUUCAUUGAGAUAUGGGGUGUAGGCUUCCUAAGUUGCGGAAGGCAGAAGAGAGGCGAAGCCCGGGCAAUAUCUACUCCACCCUUCGACGGCCUCAGGUGGAGACUAAAGUGGGCGUGUCCUACACAUACCACUUCCUGGAUUUCCUGUUGGGGAAAGAAGAGGUGCCGGUGUCAUCGGUGCUUUGUCUCUCCUCAGUCAGAGAGCUACCAGUCCAGGUGAGGGAACUCUACGCGCAGGGUUUUGUCCUGGUCGCUGUCCACCCAUUUGUCCAUCCUUGCGGGCCUCGUCAUGCGCACAUCCAGCGCCAGCUCCACCGGGCCGUGCUGGUCAGGGAGACGCCAAGUUCAGAGAAAAGCCAACUGAGGUGGGGAAGACAUCGGCUGGAGACAGAUGUGUGUGUGGCAGGUCACCAGGCUGCUGACCCAGAAGUGAUACAGAGCUAUGUCAAGAGGAUCCAGGACGUAGCAGAGCAAGGGGUGAUGUUUGUGGGCUUUCUCCAGCAGCCGGGCGGAGGACCCUGCUUCUUGGGGCACUGGGAUCCUGAAGAGCUGUCCUCCUUACAUUCAAGCCCUUCACCCAUACAUCGAGACCCCUUCAGCACCAACACCAGCCCAACAGAUCCUUUAGAACCACAUCAUAAUGACAUAGAACCCGACCAUCACCAGUUUGAACCUCAAGAAUUAGAUCAUGAAGCCGUUGAACAUAACACACAGGACCACAAGCCUUUGGUGCCAAGGGAACCGGAUUUCAGUCCUCUAAAACCCAUUCAGAGUUUAGAGAUUAACCAAGAAGAGUCCAGCGAGCAAGUGCAGACCUUACAGAUCAACCUCAAAGAGUCACUAGACACAACAAACUACCCUCAAGAUCACAGCAAACUCAGUGUAGACACAGUUCAGUGGUGUCCAAAUCAAAACCCAGCAGAAGCCCAAGGGACCCAGCUGUGUCCCAGCCCUCCAGAAGCUGGUAUAAUCAGACAGCAGAAGGGCCAUCUACCAGACCUCAAAGAAUCCACAAAGAAACAUUUGAACCUUUCCAACCGGAGAGAAAGACAAAGUUCAACCUCAGACAGCUGGCCCAGUUCUCCAGAACUGGAUCGAAACCAUGAAAGAAAAUCCAGCUCCACCUGUACAGAUGGGCAAAGCAGAGUGAUGACACACAACAACAACAAUAUCCGGCUUAAGAGUUCAGAGAAAGAUAAGAAUUCAACCUCACCACCAGCGCAGGCUAGGAUGCAGCUCUUUGCCUUGUACAACCACACAGGGGAGCUGAACACUUCUCUGAGGUUCUACUCACUCAGGGUGCCACUGCGAGUACAAAAGGAAGCAGGGCUAAUCACAGAAGUUGACACACAUUGGCUUGACCAUAUGACUCAGCAUUUCACCAGCGGCGCGCACCUCAUCGAUGGGUUUUUCCACCUUGAAAAUGAUAAUGACAAUGGGGUUUCAUCCGUGGACAGCGUGUUCAUCUUCCAGAGCUCUGCAGACGAGACAACAAACACCUCCUUCGACGCCAUCGUGGUUGAGCAGUGGACCGUUGUUGAUGGUGUUGUGGUGAAGACAGACUACAUCCCUUUGCUCCAGUCUCUGGCUCCGUAUGGAUGGAGGCUAAUGUGUGUGUUACCCACACCAAUUGUCAAGACCAACAGUGACGGCAGUUUGUCGACCAAGCAAAUCCUUUUCCUUCAGAGACCCGUUUUGCAGCGCAAGAGAAAAGACUUCAAGAUGCUGAGCCUCAGGGGUCGCAGCAAGGCAAAGAAGAAAUCUGGAGAAACGCAAGAGGAGAGAGAAAACAGGUCCCCUGUGAUGGAGACAGAGAUGGACAGGUUAAGGAGAAACACAAAAGAGGAGGAAGGAGAGGCAGAUGGGAGGAAGAGCAGGGACAGCGGAAGGAGUGAAGGAGCGUGCCCUCAGAAUGAUGGAGAGGAGAGUGGAGAGGAUGCACAGCAUCAAAAGGGCUUCUUGUUCCAUUCAGGGAGCAGGGCGUCUGUUGAAGAGCAGGAAGAGGAAACCGAAAUUGACGAGAUCCCACAAUCCAAGCAGGAGAAGUCGGUGAGAUGGACAGAUGUGUGUCAGAGGGAUGGUGGAAGAGGGGUCAAAGAGGAGGUAAAGAUGGAAGAGCGGAUCAGACAACAGCUGUUUUCCGGUGUCUGUUGACACAUUGGGCACAAAGCAGGCAAAAAGGGGGAGCUAAGACCUGUUUAAUUCCUCAAAAAAUGCCUUUUAAAAUAAUGUUUUGUUGAUCUGGAUUUUUUGUUCCUCUGCGGACAACCCAGAUUUUUUUUCCUUCAGUCUGCUCUGUUCAGGGCAUUGAUCGCUCUUGAGUCUUUGAGGUUGUAGCUCCCAUAAACGGGAAAAGUGUUGUGCAGUUCUCUGCUUAGGGUCAGUGUUGCUAUUUGAUGUGCCAUUAUAGGAAACGAAACAAAACUGUAAAAGACUACAGAGUACAACCUAGAGCAAGUCUCCAGUCCAAGCCUUAUUAUAAUAAGUAUUAUUUUCUUGCCCAUUGUUGUAUUUUAAUACUUUCUUGUAAUAGGACUGUUAAAAAGGGAGUACACUGGGCUCACUGUAUUUUUAUAUGUAAAGUAUAUAAUUUAAGAUAGAAACAAAAGGGGAUAAAGUAUGCAGUACACCGCAUUAGAGCCUGACUGAUACAUCUGCAUUAGCCAAUUUUAGCUUAUCACAGACACAUAUAUAUCAGUAUUGGCUUAAAUAUCGGCCGAUAAUUAACAAGUAAGUGUAGUAGACAAAUUUAUUUUGAGGUCAUUUAGAAACUUUGUCUUGAUUACAUACUCAUUGUCACUAGAGUUUAUUUCCCUUAAAGAAUUUUGGUCACAACUUUAUUUAUUAAAUUAAGGGAUCCUUACCAAAAAUGUUAAAAAAUUGGCUGAUAUAUAGUUCAGACUUUUAACUUCUAUUUGCAUUGGCCAGGCUCUACACUGCAUUUGAGAUAUUAGAUGGUAUGUUUUAUUGGGCCUAAACAUUAAAGCGUCAGUUUAUGUAAAUUAUUGAAAAGGAAAUGAUGUCACUUAGCUCUAGUAGAAUCUAGCUACUUUUGGUUUUACUUGGUUUUGAGAUAUCCAUCUCUGAGGUUUCUUUACCGCAAUACAAUGGAGGUGAAAGGAAUUUGGUUUAUGGUGCUCAUUAAAUAAAACAACACCAGAAACGUCUCUUUCCAGAAGCAAUGUCCCAGAUACUCCAGAUAUUUCACAGACUACACCAUCAACAGUUUUCUUCAGUAGAAAGCAGUUCCUAUGGAAACUGAUUACAGUAAGGUCUGUAUAUUAUCUAGAGAACCUGGGACAUUGCUUCUAGAAGUGCAAUUUUUCCAUCCUGGUAGCUUCACAAAUUAUGUCCAUUCACCUCCAUUGUAAUGGGGUGGUAGGAGAAACUUAAGAGACAUAUCUCUAUCUGUCAAAACAAAAUUCUCUUUUUGGUUACAUACUACGAGAAGCAAGUGGAGAAAAAAAAAAAGUUUUGUAAUUUGGGGGAACUGACCCUUCCUCUUCAGAAAAUGUGUAAAUUAGAAAUCAACUAUUUAUUUCCUAGACCACCUGUGCUGUGUGUAAGUAGUGUGACAUGUAAGUCUUUAUAUAAAAGCAGAGGUCAAUAAAGUGUUUGAAAACA